UAUACCGCACGGUUUAGCAGGAGAGCAAAAAAAGACCACAUGAGAGCAACAAUGAAAAACAAUAUGUCGGCGCCCGUUAUGAACGGUAUCGACAGCUGAAUGUGUAGCUCUAAGUUAAUGGUAAGAAAGGUAGAGCGCUGAAAUGUCCGACGUUCCUAAUGAAACACCUGCUGGCUCCUCGGGCGACGGUGCUUGGUCCAUGCCCCUGCCAGCAUUCACCAAGGAGGACAACCCGCAUGGCGUGCUGUGCGAGAGUGCAUUUGCCACCCUUUUCCCUAAGUACCGCGAGAAGUACUUGCGUGAGUGCUGGCCUCUGGUCAAGAAGACACUCUCUGAACAUGGUGUGAAUGCAGAAUUGGACGUGAUCGAGGGCAGCAUGACAGUGACGACAACGCGCAAGAUGUGGGACCCAUACAUCAUUCUCAAGGCACGCGACAUGAUCAAGCUCCUGUCGCGCAGCGUGCCGUACGAGCAGGUGAGAACAAGUGACAUGGGCAGCCAGGCAUGAGGACAGGCUUUAGAC